ACUGCUCUCCUUUUUCAUAUGCAUUGUUACGACUAUAUUUUUAAAAGAAUCGAAAAAAUUCAUAUAAAUAUUUAUCUCCAAAUGAAUAUUUAAACUCUGGGUGAAGAAGAAACUUUUUUUUUACUCUUUAACAGUUGGACGAUCCAAUGUUCUCAGUGCUUUUUAAAAGCCCAAACCAAUAGGCAGCCUAAGUUCAUCACAACUCCCCGCAUCUCUCUAUCUCUCUCCACUCCAUUUGCAAUUUCAAGUUUUUUUUUGUGUGUGCAGUCCCUCGUAGAGAGAGAAUCGGCUUGCUGAUCAAGAUCUCGGCUAUAAUCGAUAAGAAGAAAGCCGCAGCCAAAUCCAUCCCAGAUAUUUUGUACCCGCCGUAUAUACGAUUAAUGCCGAUUCUUGUUUUGUUUGCGCUCGUUUGGGUUUUUUCUAGGCUUUUGCAGAUUCCUCCCCCACCAUGCCCCUUUUUGAUUCCCUCUUCCUCCAUGGAAGCAGCUGAGUUCUGAUCUAUUUCCAUUUCUGGACCUUCGAGAUCUUACUUUGCUGGUUAUGGUCUUGGUCCUCUUGAGGAGGUGAGCUACAUCCACCGUCACGUCUCAUCUAAAGUUAUGCUGAGGAACAGGUCAAGGAGAGCGGUAGCAAACAAACAGGCGUCUCUAAUGGCGGAUCAACCACCGUCUCAGGCUGGCCACUUCACGAAACCCACUCUUUCGUCUCUCCUCACCUCUCCAAAAUUCAAGCUUUUCUCCUCAAUGAACACGCCCUUCGACUCCGACUUCCCCCUCUUCAGCCCGACUUCCAUCCUCGACGCUAACCCAUCAAUCUUUUCCACCAAAAACGACAAACCCAGUUCGUAUUUCGAACCCACAAUCCCAAAACCCCAAAGAUUUCAGCCUCCAGAGGCACUUGGCCUCGCUGAUCUCUUGAAAAACAGAGGAAAUGUGGGUGACGCCACAAAACCCCCCAACAAGAUGGUCCUGUUCGGAUCCAAGCUCAGAGUCCGGAUCCCAUCAGCCGAUUUCGGAACUAAGAGAUGUCCGGGAGAGGGACAAGGGAAUGCUGGCGUCCAAACGAGGGUGUCGUCGGCUGGGUGGGUGAGGGAGAUGGAGAUGUCCGAGGACUACACGUGUGUGAUAUCACACGGCCCAAAUCCGACCACCAGACAUAUCUUCGACAACCGUGUUUAUGUGGAGUCGAAUCUCUCUGUCGUGAAAGUGAACAGUUUCUUGGACUUGUGCUACACCUGCAAGAAGGAUCUCGACCAAAAACACGACAUUUACAUAUAUAGGGGAGAGAAGGCUUUCUGCAGCAGAGAGUGCAGGUCCCAGGAGAUGCUCAUAGAUCAGAUAGAGAGCUAGCUUCUCUUCUUAUAUAUGGGAAGAUGAAUUCAUUUUUGGUUAUUUUCUUCUUUUUAUUUACCCAUGUAAGCUAGGUUUGUAGCUUUGGAUAGACUUUGUUCUAUCUCUCACCUGCAGAUGUGUGUCUAUAUAUAUAUAUAUAUAAAAAGGAUAAAGAGAUGAGAGAUAGACAGAGAUUGGAAAUU